AUGGAGAAUGAUUUGCUCGGUCGUAUUGAUAAAUUCAUAUCUUCAAUAGAGACUAAGUUAGACAGAGUUGAAAGUUUCUUCACCCCUGGAAAUAAACUAGGCGAUGAGAAAAGACCACUUGGAAAUGAUGAAGCUGUUGCAACACUUCAAAACCUUUAUGAUACAUUAAUCACUAUCAAAAAUUCUGUUUUCACAAAAUCUGUCAACCUUGAAAAUUUCAACAAGAUUUUGGAUGAACAUUAUGGACACCUUCUUUCAUCUAUUAAUGCAUCGGAGAACCUUGGAUUUCAUGAAAAACUUUUAACAGGUUUACAUUUUUUAGAUGCGAAGAUUAAUCAAUUCAAUUCUUUGAUGGAAGGUGAAGCCAAAGCUUUUUUUGCAGAUGAAGCAACAACAGUAACAACACCAGAAGAUAACAUUACAUCUUCUAUAAGAAGCUUUAAUAUCAAAUUUUACAAUUAUGAACGUGCUAUUUCACAAGGUACUUCUAGAUUAUUACAUUAUUAUGAGCUUCCUUUCCCUUGGAGAGAAAACAAAUAUAUUGUCUAUGGUUACAGAUUUCAAAAUAACCAUGCAAAUGCUUUAAAAAGUAUUUGUUCUUGUCAUAAUGAAACUACAAACAUUUGGAGUCAUUUACUAGGUGCUUUCUUCUUUCUAUAUGUUUGCUUUGUUCAAUUUCCAAACAAGGACUUGUUCAAAAAUAAUACAUUUGCUGAUAAUGCUGUCAUUUAUCUGUUUUUGAUUGCAAGUAUCAAAUGUCUGUUAUCAUCAACAUUUUGGCACACUUUCAAUGGUACAGCAAAUCUUUACUUGAGAAAGAAAUUUGCGUGUAUCGAUUAUACUGGUAUCACUGUCUUAAUUACUGCAUCAAUCAUCACUACUGAAUAUGCAGCACUUUAUUAUUUCCCAAUUCUGAAAGUUGGUUUAAUUUCGUUCUCCAUGAUUUGUGGUAUUAUUGGGUUUUUUUUCAAUUGGUCUUCACAUUUUGAUCGCCCUGAAAGCCGUUGGCUAAGAAUUGGAUUUUUCAUUGCUCUGUCUGGUUUAGGUGUAUCAGCUUUUGUUUGUUUGGCUUUACAAAGAGGUUUGAAACAUGCUUUAUUAUUUUAUCUACCAAUCUCAAGAAGUUUGGUUUGGUAUUUGGUUGGUGUUGUGUUUUAUGGUACACUAAUUCCAGAAAAGUUCAGAUCCGACGUUAUUGUCGCAGACUUUCAACCAGAAGAAGAGCAAUUGGAAUCUGAAGAACUACUAGAAAAUAUUGAUACACAUUUCAAGGAAUCACCACCAUUGAGUAAAAACAACUCUUUAACAUCUCUUUGGUGGAUUGAUUACUUCAUGUCUUCUCACAACAUUUGGCAUGUUUUUGUGGUUCUUGGGAUCUGGGGACAUUAUUCUGGUAUCUGUGAAAUGUUUGCAAAUAGACACUUGAACAAAGUUUAA